AUGGAGGACACCAAAUCUGUCACCUCCAGCCACAGCAACCAUGACAACAACCAGUCUAUCGACUGGGGUAGUGACAAGGACCAGGGGGAGACCGUCAGUCUCGGCGACGAGGAAAACCUGGACUGCACUAUCGCAGAGGCUGCUGGCUUCGACCAGAACACCUUUAUCGACGAGCACUACUCUGUAGUGUAG